AUGAUUAAAAAAUUACCUUAAGAAGUAAUUAAUAAAAUUGCUGCAGGAGAAGUAGUUUAAAGACCUUAUUCAGUAAUAAAAGAGAUGGUUGAAAAUUCAAUUGAUGCUCAUGCAUAAAAUAUAACUAUUUAUUUAAAUAAUGCAGGAUUAGACCUAAUCAGAAUUAUUGAUAAUGGAGAUGGAAUUAUGAAGGAAGAUUAUGAAUUAUUAUGUGAAAGAUAUGCUACAAGUAAGAUUAGAGUUGCUGAAGAUUUAUUACAAUUAUUUUCAUUUGGAUUUAGAGGAGAAGCAUUAGCUUCAAUAUCUUUUGUGUCUUAAAUGACAGUGAUCUCUAAAAGAAGAGAUCAAUAAGUAGGAUACAAAGCCACAUAUAAUAGUUAGAAACUGUUGAGCAUGUCUCCUAUAGGGUGUUCAGAUGGUACAGAAAUUUAGAUAGCAUCAUUAUUUUAUAAUUUAGAAAAAAGGAGGUAAGCUCUAAAUAAAUCAGAGGAAAAAAAAUCUAUAUUACAAUUGAUUUAGAGUUUAAGUCUUCAUCAUUCUUCAAUUUAAUUCAAAUUAUUUUAUGAAAAUAAAUGUGAGUUUUCAUCUUUCAAUAGAUUAGAUACUAUAUCAUCUAUAAUGAAAAUUAAUUAAACAUGCAUUUAAGAGAAAUCAUUUAAUUCUGACAUAUAUAAAUAUGAAUCUCAUUUGAUGUUUACAAAAUUGAGUUCUGUUAAAUAUAAAAGAGAAUUAUGUUUAUUUAUAAAUGAUAGAUAUGUAGAUUGUGAUACAUUAAAAAAGAAAAUAACUCAAGCUUAUUAAGAUUGCUAUUUAUGUUUAAGAGUUGAAGAUGGAGGUUAUUAUGUAUAUUUGAGUAUAAAAUUAUAACCAAAAGACAUAGAUCCAAAUGUUCAUCCAAAUAAAAAAAUUGUUAGGUUCUUGAAUGAAGAUGAAAUUAGUACUGAAAUAUCAGAAAAAUUAAAAUAAGAAUUAUCCCCUUAAUAAACAGUUAAAUUAAUUUAGACUGUAUUAUUCUAACCAAAGUCUUAAGAAGAGCAGAAAAAGAAUAGCUUUAGCUUCAAAUAGUCAAUUUAAAGUUAAUAACAAUAUUAAAAAGAGAAGGUCAGGAUUGAUCCAAAGACUUAAACUUUAAUAUAAUAAUUUGCAAGAAAAUCAUAAGUCUAAUUAGCUUAAAGUGUAAUUGAUUAGAUUCCAAAUACUUAAUCAUAAAAAAUUGAAGAAGAAAGCAAUUAAAUAAAUGAUUAGUAUAUAAAAAAUGAAAAUCCUGAUUUGGAUGAUUAAUUAAACAAAAAUCAGAGUAUAAAAAUUAAUUAGAUUAAUUAAAUAUCUAAAAUAUUAGAAGAAAAAGAGUAAACAUAAAUUUCUAAAGCAGAAUGCUUUAAACUUUCCCUAGAAUCUUAAUUAGAAUUAUUUAAUAUUUUAUAAAAGAAGCAUCAUAAAGAUACAUAUGAAUUUUAUAAAAAUAUCUCUUUUGUAGGAUUAUUAUAAGAUUAAUAACAAUUAUUAGUUUAAAAUGAUACUAAAUUGUGUCUAAUAAAUGUGAUUCCUAUGAUAUUUAAUAUGAUUAUUGUUUAAAUUAUUUAAGGAGAAUAACCAGAAGGAGUUUUAUUAAUGGAAAGAUAAUAAGAUUCUUUAUUAAAAGUAAUUCGUUUAGAUUCAUCAGAAUUUGUAUUAAAGAUUAAUGAAAAUGAUAUAGAUAUAACAAUUUAAUUGGCAGAAUACUUGUCUUUAUUAAAUUACAGUAAUGAAUUUAUAAGAGAUUUUGUACUGCCCUUUUUCAAAAAAUACAAUGUUGCAGUAAUAUAAAAUGAUGUACAAGUAGUACUAAGAUUGGAGGAUUUGUAUAAGUAUUUUGAAAGAUGUUGAUCAGUAUAUGAUUUAUUGAAUUAUUUACUACUUGUUAAUCAAAUAUAUAUUAUUAGAUAUAUUAAUGUAAAUAUGAUUAAUUUAAAGUUUGUUUAUCAUUAAUUAGAUUAAAUAUUGAAAAUAACAAAUGUAAAUUGGAAACAAAGUUUUUGUUUUUACUUAACAAGAUUUCUAAAAAUGUUUUGUUGUUAACUUAAAUCCUCCUUUAGGUUAAGGACAUGAUGCAAGAGUCUAUUUAGCUAUGCAUAAGAAAACAGGAGAAAUGUUUGCUUUGAAAGUUUUAACUAAUCUGUCACAAGAUCAUAUCAUAAAUCUCUAGGUUUUUUUACAUGUUAUUUAGCGAACGAAAUUCAAAUACUUAAACGCAUUAAUAAUCCAGGAACAGUCUUAUUAAAGGGACAUUCUGAAGAUUAUACUUGUGUUCUUUUGGAGUACAUGCCAAAUGACACAUUUUUAAAGAUAUUAAAAAAGGGACCAUUCCCAUUUCCUUUAGCAAAGACUUUAUCAGGCUAUCUUAUUAAAGUCUUAGGAACUCUUCAUAAUGCCGGAAUAGCUCAUUGUGACAUAAAGCCAGAAAAUAUUUUGAUUGCCGCUGAUUAUAAUCUCAAACUGUGUGAUUUUGGAUUUGCAAGACUCUCAAAUUAAAAUUUAAGACCUGCUGGAGGAACUCCUGGAUAUACUGCACCAGAAUUAUAUAUAAAUGAGACAAUGAAUCUAUUUAAAUGUGAUAUAUUUGCUUUGGGAGUAGUAAUAUUUAUAAUUGUGAUGGGAUUCCCUCCAUUUUAAUCAAAUGAUCCUAAUUCAAGAGAUGGAUGGUGGGCAUUAAUCUAUAACAAAUAAUAUGAUUUAUUCUGGAACAAAUGUGAAAGUUUUAGAUAACAGCAAUUUCCUAAGGAAUUUAAGAUUAUGAUAAUGUCAAUGUUAGAAAGUGAUCCAGAUAAGAGGAUAUCCUUAAAUACAUUAUUAGAACAUGAAUUCUUAUAGGAUGGAGCAACUGAGGAAGAAGUAUUGAUAGAGAUAGAGAAAAGAGUGAAGGAAUGAAU